UAUCAUUAUUGGACAAAAUAUGUGGUAGGUAUGUGAUCAAAAUUAUCACAUGGUCCCUGCUUCAUCCACACCAGUUUCUUAUCCAUUCCCAAGCAUCACUGCAUCAGAGCUACUGAACCAUUUCAAUCUUCAGUGCAUCAAAAGAUCCAAUUUUGGGAUCCGAAAAGUACUUGAACCAUGGAUGAUCAAGAAACAGAGGUCCCUCCUCCCCACGUGCUCAUCUUCCCUUACCCGGAACAGGGCCACGUCAACCCCAUGCUCAAGUUAGCCGAGCUUCUCUGCCACGCCGGCCUCCACGUCACCUUCCUAGUCACCCACUUCAUCCACCGCCGUCUCCUCCGCAACAGCACCGCCCUGAUCUCGCGGUUAACCCGCUACUCCGGGUUCCGAUUCGAAGCCAUUCCGGACGGGUUACCCGAAGACGACCUGCGUUCGGGUAAUAGAGUCAUGGAGCUGUUCCGUUCGUUCAGAGCUACGGCAAAACCACUUCUCAGAGAACUGCUGGGAUCCGAUGGAAGAAAGGAUUGGGGCUUGGGUCGAAAGCGGGCAUCUUGCAUCAUAGCCGAUGGUUUAUUGAGUUUCGCCAUUGACGUCGGUGAAGAGUUUGGGAUCCCGGUCAUCAUUUUCCGGACCACCAGCGCUUGUGCCUUUUGGGCCUUCUUGUGUGGCCCCAAACUCAUUGAAGCCGGUGAAAUUCCCUUUCAAGGGAACAAUAUGGAUGCACCUAUAAAAUGCGUACCCGGUAUGGAUGGUUUUCUUCGACAGCGUGACCUCCCAAGUAUCUAUCGCGUUAGAGACGCAGCUAAUCAGGACUUGCAAAUACUUUUGAGUGAAACCCUACAAAUUACUCGAGCACGAGCUCUGAUACUCAACACGUUUGAAGAUUUGGAAGGAUCUGUACUUGCUCCGAUACGUUCUCAAUGUCCACAAGUUUAUACCGUGGGGCCACUCCACGCACACCUUAAGGUAAGACUUGCUUCAUCGAGUUCUUCAAAUGGUUUGUGGGAAGAAGAUACAAGUUGUAUGGCAUGGCUUGAUGCACAACCGCCAAAAUCUGUAAUCUACGUAAGUUUUGGAAGCAUUAUAAUGAUGGCAAAGGACCAGCUAAUGGAAUUUUUGCAUGGUCUGGUAUGUAGUGAGAAACGAUUCUUGUUGGUCAUUCGACCAGAUUCUGUGAUGAUGGGGAAAGAUUGGGUAAGUCAUUUACCGACCGAGAUAUUGGAGGGAACGAGGGAAAGAGGUUGCAUAAUUGGAUGGGCUCCACAAGAAGAGGUCUUAGGUCACAAAUCUAUUGGCGGAUUCAUAACUCAUAGUGGGUGGAAUUCGACGCUGGAGAGCAUCGUAAUCGGAGUACCAAUGAUUUGUUGGCCAUAUUUUGGUGACCAACAAGUUAAUAGUAGGUUUGUGGGAGAGGUAUGGAAACUUGGAUUGGAUAUGAAAGAUACUUGUGAUCGGGGCAUAAUAGAGACAAUGAUCAGAGAUCUCAUGGAUGUACGGAGAGAAGAAUUUCAACAUUCGUCUGAUAAGAUUGCGAAAUUGGCUAAAAAUGCUGUUGCCGAAGGUGGGUCAUCAUACUGUAAUUUGGAUUGUCUGAUUAAAGAUAUAAGGUCGAUGGGUGUCGAUUAAGUGCAUGUAUAUUUGGUUUGUAAGAAAUUAAAAUAAUUUAGUCUUAUCAUCAGGAAAAUUCAAACACUGUUAUAAGUGCAGCAUCAUACAUUUAGUAUUUAGCCCUCCAUGAACUUUAAAAUACUUGCAAGUAUUUGCAAGUGGUGUUUGAGAUUUAUGAAAUAAAUUUAUUUGAAAUUCA